AUGGCCGAUCUUGCAAGUCGCAUCACCAACCCGGACGACAGCGCUCCCGCGGCUGCUCCCGCUCAAGAAGCUGGCAGUCUCGAGGCAGCUCAGACCGAUAGCGCCGGGGAGCUCGCAGGUGGAUCUGGCCUGCAAGACGUCGAAUACGACGUCGAGGUCUCGCUGAACGAGAUCCAGCAGAAUGCAGACCACCCCUUGGGCUCGGCCCUGACAUUUGAUCAGCUCGGAUUACCCGAAUCCGUAUUGAAGGGACUUACGGCAAUGGGUUUCGUUAAGCCCUCCAAGGUCCAAGAGAAGGCUCUGCCUCUGAUGUUGGCCGACCCGCCCCAGAACAUGAUCGCUCAAUCGCAGUCAGGCACCGGCAAGACGGCAGCCUUCGUCACCACCGUGCUGGCACGCCUCGACCUGACUAAGCCACACCAGCCACAAGCCCUCAUCCUGGCCCCCAGUCGUGAGUUGGCUCGCCAGAUCCAGGGAGUUGUACAGAUUAUCGGCCAAUUCUGCCAGGAUCUGGUUGUGGAAGCCGCGAUACCAGGUGUCAUCGAGCGAGGCCAGCCUGUCAAGGGCAGCGUGGUUUGCGCAACGCCUGGCACGGUGAUGGACCUGAUCCGAAGACGGCAGCUUGACGUCUCUCAGCUGAAGGUGCUCGUUAUUGACGAGGCCGACAACAUGCUGGGCCAGCAGGGCUUGGGUGAACAGUGUGCACGAGUCAAGGGUAUGCUGCCUAAGAGUGUGCAAAUCCUGCUGUUCUCGGCCACCUUCCCCGAGAACGUGCUGAAGUACGCUGCCAAGUUCGCACCCACUGCCAACCAGAUCAAGCUCAAGGUGCAGGAGCUCACGGUCAAGGGCAUCUCGCAGAUGUUCAUGGAUUGCCCAUCCGAAUCUGACAAGUAUGACAUUCUGUGCAAACUGUACGGCCUCUUGACCAUUGGAUCUUCCAUCAUCUUCGUCAGGACUCGAGAGAGUGCCGAUCAGAUCCAGCAGCGCAUGACGGCCGACGGCCACAAGGUGACUGCUCUUCACGGUGCCUUGGAGGGCCACGAGCGCGAUGCGCUGUUGGACGAGUUCCGGUCGGGCCGCACCAAGGUUCUCAUCACCACCAAUGUCCUUGCCCGAGGUAUUGAUGUGUCGACCGUGUCCAUGGUCAUCAACUAUGACGUCCCCAUGAAGGGCCCUGGCGAGCGGGAGCCCGAUCCCGAGACCUACCUGCACCGUAUCGGACGUACCGGUCGCUUCGGCCGUGUCGGUGUCAGUAUUACCUUCAUCUUCGACGAGAAGAGCUUCCGCGCUCUGCAGACCAUUUCUGAGCAGUACGAGAUUGAUCUGAUCCGACUGGUGCCGGAUGAUUGGGAUUUGACGGAGACCGAAGUCCAACGUGUCAUCAAGUCUAGCCGGGCCCAAGCUGGCUUCAACCCUAGUGCCAAGUAG